UAGAGUGGUUAUACAUACUGAAGUAUGCUGAGAUUGGCUGCAUUUUUUCUGUUUUCCGUGGUUGUCCUAGGCAGGCGCGGAUCAUUGGUAGACUGCCAAGCCCAUACUCAGUGUGGCCAAUGCGAUGUCUCUUGUCCCCAUCCGCUACUCAGUGACAUUCCUAAGAUCAAGGACACAUUAAGCAGUGUGUCUGUUUUCCAGGAGAACUUGGCAAUCAGGCAAGACGAACUGCAUUUCGGAUUUCAGACCAAGCUGGACCAACUGGAAUGUUGCAAGGAAACCAUCACGAAGGAAGACUUAAACGCGUUCCAGGCCAAAAUGGAUACUCAACUAGAGAAGGUUCGUUCCGAAAUGAAUGGCCAACUUCGGGGCCAGAUGGAUAGGAUUGAAAAAGAGCAGCAGGCCCUACGAAGGUCCUUGAUAGAAGACCAGGCCAAAAUGGAUACUCAACUAGAGAAGGUUCGUUCCGAAAUGAAUGGCCAACUUCAGGCGAUUCUGAGCAAAAUAGAAGGACUUCAAGCAGCCCCCCAGCAAACACAUCCUACAAACAAUUCGGCAGAAACCCCAAUAGUAAAAGAGAUCCCUGACAAAACCCCGAUGAAUCCAACAAGCAGAAACCAGAACAUCCCAGCCCAAUUCGAGCAGAUCGGUUCGAGGUUCUUUUACAUAGAACAUGAAACUAAAGUAACAUGGUUAAAAGCUGAAUCCACCUGUCGUGAGAAGGGUGGAUACUUGGCGACCAUUAAAGACUGGAAAGAGUUUUAUGACAUUAAAAAGAAGCUCAAAAAAGAUCACAAUUAUUGGCUUGGUAUUAACGAUGUCCUCAAAGAGGGCAAUUACGUCUCCAUUGCCUCUGGGAAGGAAGCAAUGUAUUUGAAAUGGGCGAGGAAUAAUCCCGAAAAGGGAGGAAGAAAGGACUACGUUCUUAUACGUAACGGUUAUAUGUAUAAUAAUUUUGAAUACAUUACGGGUCAUUUCAUUUGCCAAGCAGACAGUGAAACUUAGAUUAAAUCAGUUUAACACUAUCUAACCACAAAUACAUUAGUUUAAAAAAUAUUUUUACAUGUGUCAAUGUUUAAUGUAAAUCUAAAAAAGUGGUAUAAUUAAUUUAAAACAAAUAUAAGCCGAAUAAAUCAAAAACGUAAUAUUAUUUUUCCGAAUGGUAUUUUUUAUUCAUACGGGGUAUUUUAUAAACUUUCAA